GAGUUGUAGAGUUAGUACCAGCCUGGGACACAAGCUUGGAGGCGGGCUAUUUGGGAAAGCAGUGAGCUGAACCACUCACUCUCAUGGAGCAGAGAGCUAUGAAGAAACUGGCAGAAUCCAUCAGAAAAACCGUCAAGAGCUUCAACAAAUUUGAAAUUGAAUGUCUCAUACAACUUUUCUAUAGCUUGGCGGGAAGCUCUGUUGGGAAGGUUGAUAAUGCCAGGCUGGACCGCAAUACGUUUCGGGGAGUCCUGCAGAACAUAUUUGGAAUGACUCACGAUAUGUUGAUGAAUAGGGUGUUCUUUGUAUUUGACAAAGAUGGUGAUAACCAUGUAAAUUUACAAGAGUGGAUUAAAGGAUUGGCAGUGUUUCUCCGAGGGACUUUUGAAGAGAAGAUGAGAUUCUGUUUUGAAGUUUAUUAUUUAAGUGGAGAUGCUUAUAUUUCCCGAGAAAAAAUUUUUGACAUGUUGAAGAGUAGUCUCUUCCAGCACUCUCCUGAAGACGAGAAUGAAGAAGGAGUAAAGGAUUUGGUAGAAAUAAGCCUGAAGAAGAUGGAUUAUGACAAUGAUGGCAAGAUCUCUUUUGCAGACUUUGAAAAAGCAGUGAAAAAGGACGGACUUUUGUUGGAGGCGUUUGGACCGUGUUUACCAGAUGCAAAGACCUGCUUUCAUUUUGAAACCCUGGUAUUCAAGAACAACCCCCCUGCCAGUUUUUGAACACAAAUUGCUCCAUACUUGAAUUAAAAUCAGACCCUGAU